UAUAAACAGAGAACUACUGAAAUUCUCUUCAACCCUAAACAGAGAACUACUGAAAUUCUCUUCAUCUCCCAUCACCAAAUUGAAGAUCUAAAAACUAUUCAGAACACCUAAUCUCAAAUUCAGAUUCUAAAACUAUGAGUUUACCAGAUCCAAUUGCGAAUGUUGAAGAAAAAGUUACGGUGAAGAGUUUAGACCUAAAACCUCUUUGUGAUGAGGUUAAAGAGUAUUUCGCUGGAAGGUCGAUUUCAGAGAAAACACUCGAGAGAAAUCGGGUUAUGCAGAAAAUCAUAGGUGGUGAGAUUGUGAUUGCUUUUACGUAUUGGGAAAGAGAGGAGCUUGUGACUUGCAAGUACCGGUGGUAUCUAACUAGGAAGUUCAGUCUGGAAAGGAAAACAUGGGUAGCACGGAGGAUCUUGUAUGGGGUUGAUGACAUAGAACAAGCAUCUGAAAUCAUUAUAGUUGAAGGGGAAUCUGAUAAACUUGCAAUGGAAGAGGCUGGUUUUCUCAAUUGUGUCUCUGUUCCUGAUGGAGCUCCAGAUUGUGUUUCUUCAAAGCCAGUCCCACCUGAAUCCAAGGACAAGAGCUUUAAGUAUCUAUGGAAUUGCAAUGACUAUUUGAAAAAGGCGUCUCGGAUUGUUAUUGCUACUGAUGGAGAUGUACCUGGUCACUGUCUGGCUGAAGAACUUGCACGGCGUUUGGGGAAAGAAAGAUGUUGGCGUGUCAAGUGGCCCAAGAAAAGUGAUGAGGAUAAACAUUUCAAAGAUGCAAACGAGGUGCUUAUGUCUAUGGGACCUCAUGUACUCAAGGAAGCUGUUCUAAAUGCUGAGCCAUACCCUAUUCUAUAGAAGGAUUUGAAGAGACAUGAUGACUUCUAAUCAUAGAAUACAUGGACACAAGUACGGUGUUUCAAUGGGGUGUAAGAGUUGAAGUCAUGCACUUAAUUUCUUUAACAAUGGGACGGCAGUACACCGAACCUUUAAGAUAGAUAUUAGUGGCAGCGCACAUUCUAUAAACCAAUGUGAUAACUGACAAUGGUAUAUAGUAAUUUUUGUUUGUUUAAAUAAGAAAUUUAGAUUCUAAUC